UCGCUGUUACCACGCUGCAGCGUGGCUUUUGUCUCUAGUGUUACUUUGAAUCAAUAACUGCUGACAUUUGUAUAUAAAUUAUAGCGAUGCAGCAUUGUUUAAUUCUACCCUCUUCUAACGCUCGUGAAUCAGUUUCCUCUUUUGUCUGGCGGCUGGGAUAAUGUCUCAUUCAUAUUUUCAAAAAGGGAAACGCCUAUCUGUUGAUGGCAUCUUGGGUUUGUAACGCAGAUCCUAUUGCAGCUGAUUUAAAGCGACUGCGCAGAGCCGGAGAGCCGCAGCAGAGGAGUGUUCACACAGCACCGACCAGCCACCAUGCUCAAGACGAGAACACCUCAACUCACAAUCUCCGCUGUCAAGAGAGGAAUUAUGUGUUCAACGUGAGGCGCUUCUUAUAAAUGCAAACUGUAUGAUCAGCCUGGAAAAUCUGGGACGACUGUCAGCUCUUGGCCUGAAAGGCAGCUGCGUUGCGCGUAGGAUCCAAAAACUAGGCAACCGAGAACACUUGUAUUCUUGUUUUGUUCGGAGAAAACCCCACAUGAUGAAAUUUAAGCCCAAUCAGACAAGGACAUAUGACGGAGAGGGCUUCAAAAAACGAGCAGCGUGUCUGUGUUUCAAGAACGAUCGGGAGGACGAGGUUUUGCUUGUUAGCAGCAGUCGACAUCCAGAUCAGUGGAUCGUUCCAGGAGGAGGGAUGGAGCCGGAAGAGGAGCCUGGAGGAGCUGCGGUUCGAGAGGUCUAUGAGGAGGCUGGUGUGAGGGGCACCCUUGGCAGGCUACUGGGGGUGUUUGAGCAGAACCAGGACAGCAAGCAUCGGACCUAUGUGUAUGUGCUUACUGUCACAGAGACACUGGAAGACUGGGAGGACUCGGUCAAUAUUGGUCGGAAGCGGAAAUGGUUCAAGAUCGACGAGGCAAUCCGGGUGCUACAAUGCCACAAACCUGUCCACGCGGAGUACCUCCGCAAACUCACUCCUCGCUGCGGCCCCACGAACGGCAACGCACAGGAGCCGGUGAACACAGAUGACAAUGCACCCCUCCGCCAGACAGCCUCCCAUGACUGUGGACUGCCCCGUUUGCACAGAUAGAACUGCCACCAGAGGGCAUCGAUGCAAGGGAAACUAUCCUUGGACUGGAAAAGACAGUUUUGCAUGUAUAAUUUCAAUGUUUACUAUUUGAACCUCUUUUUUUUUAAGUGUAGAAACCAAAGGCUUGUUGUGAAAUGCCUGUAAGUUUCUGGGUUAAAAUGAACAAGGAGAGUUAUUUUCAUAACUUUUCAGUUGUAAACGUGCAUUUCAAGCUAAACAAGGUGAAGUUAUUUGAAGAUUGCGAUGUUAAGUAUUAAGCACAGAUUAACGGAGAUGCUUGCCAUGAUGGACAUUUUGGAAAUAUUAUUUUACAGAUGGCUUUAGGUGGAGGAACACAAUGAGGAAUGUGCCAAGGUUUGAUUGUUUUUUUUAGAAAGGAUAACUAGGAUGGUCUUUUGAAAUGCUGUCUAUUUAUAUCUAAUAGAUAACUAGGCAUAUUUGUUAGGCAUUGGGUAUAUAAAAAUUCUUGAUAAAGAACCAAAUAAGGAAAAAAAAAAUAAAAAUGUCAAAUCAUGAAUUAUAGAAUAUGUAAAUAGUCUAAAAGAAGAUUUGGGCUGCUUUUGAUUAUAUUAGAUGCCUUCAUCACAGAUAUCUACCUGUAAUAUAGGUUUAACAUGCUGUGAAGUUGAAGGUAUUUUCAAAGUUUUGUCUUAAAUGUGAAUUUGCCACAUUAAAUGGUGCAAUCUGAUCGCCUUUCUUUCUCUUUGCACAUAAAGGUUUAAUUUUCCAUCUCCUGUAAGGCAGAAGAGCUACUUUUGAGCCACUGUCUCUUUAAAACAAGAUGGCAUUUGGUAAAAUGUGAACAAAGAAAUAAUAUGCUCCUGGUGUCAUUGGUCCAUGCAAGACUAUGGAAUGUUUAUGAGGUCUAUAUUGCCUGAAGUGAUAUUCUGAAUAUUUCAGAAAAAGAGAAGGCAAAACGCCCAAUUUUAACCCUAAUCUUGUCAAACCAGUGUUUUCUAAAGGCCACAGAAAUGCAAUAUACAUGUAUUGUCAUUAUAUUAACAAUUCUCACAUCAAUAACUCCAAUAGCUGAGGAGGAAUUUAAUUUAAUUUUGCAUACUACUUUGUUCAAUUGGGGCCUUUGCAAUCUUCCAUAAUGAACUUUGUGGAAUUUACUGAAUGGGAUGGAAUAUGUUGCCAAACUGUUUUAUUAAGACUGUAAAUGGUAAACAAGCAUACUUAUCUUUCCUCAGAGGGAAGAUUGCAUGUUAGGUUGUAAAUAUGUUUUAAUAUUAAAAAUGUCAGCUUCUGCCUAAGUAGUUUAUUUAGUCCCACAGUUUGUUUUAGACAGGAUUAAAGAAUUGCACUGCUAAACACAGGCACCUCCGCUCUUUACUUGUUUAUCAGUGAGGCUUAUUGAACACUGUUUAAUAUGUAAAAGAUUACGGUGUUAAAAUGUCCCCUAUGUGAUUUAACAGAAAUGACAACAAUGUGUUUUGCCUGUCUUCGGAAAAUCAGAAACACCCUGACAACUUUUAAACUAAAUAAACUCAUCUCUGUGUUAAAGUUGGAAUGAUCUCUGUAAAUGGUGCUGAUUGUGGUUUACGGGUGGAAUGAUAGCUUAACUCCCCGAGGUAACUACCAGAUGGGUUAUUUAAUGUGAUUUAUGGUCACUUUUCUAUAAUGCAAUGAUGAAUGGUAAACAUGUUUGAAAGAGGGAUUCGGCAGCAUAGGAAAACCUAUAAUCAGAAAACAUCCUUAAAAACAUUCCAAAGAAAAGGUAUGAACUUUCUUGGAAAGUCAUGUGGCAAGUCCUCUCCUGGAGGCAUAUAGUUUACAAGUAUGAGUUUAUUAUGAGGCUGCAAAAACAUGCAAGUAUGUUUGUCUUCUAUUCAAAAGCCACAGGCUGUUUCUCUGUUUUCCAAAUGUAAACAUCUUUAUCCUUACUAUAAAUCUGCUGGAGGAAAAAAUAAAUAAAAAUUAACCAGACUAAGAUGGUUUGUUCUUAGCUGAUCUCCCAACUUCCCUGAUUGGGGACAUUUCAAAAUGUAAGAAGUAAUGCAUUAUCCCUAAUAUAUCAGUCUAAAAAGUUUUAAGGGCCUCGAGAUUGAUUAUACCUCUCUAUUCGAGUGAAAGAGCUUGAAAGUGUUUGGGAAGCCCUAUCAAAAUGCAUCAACAGAGCAGCAUACUUCUUGUAUACAAAAAUAUACAAAUAUCUAAAUAAAAUCGAGUCUGACGACUCAUAUUCUCAAACAACUUAUAUACCGGUAUAUUUGACUAUUUCUGCACUUAAAUGCUUUAAAAACGUAAUAUUACGUCUUUCGAAAUGCUUCAUGGGAUGCGUAGUUCAUAGCCUGAUAAGUUAAAUUCGGCUUCUCCGGUUUUCAAAUAUAUGUUUGUUUCAAAAUAAUGUUUUUAAUGUUGUGAUAAAUCUCUGAGCUGGAUGGCUGUGUUUAUGACAUUAAACAUUAUACUGUG